AUGGCUGGCACUACCAUGGCUGGCACUACCAUGGCUGGCACUACCAUGGCUGGCACUACCAUGUCUACCACUACCAUGGCUGGCACUACCAUGGCUGGCACUACCAUGUCUACCACUACCAUGGCUGCUACUAUCAUGGCUGCCACUACCAUGACUAUCACUCACUAUCAUGACUAUCACUACCAUAGCUACUGUCGAAAUGUGGCCCCCGCGCAUCCCAGCCACCGUGUUCUUCAGCCACCUGAUUUUGUACUGUAUUUAGGACCUGGCCCCGGAGAGGUUUUGGAGAAUCAAUCCGUCCGUUCUACACAUCACAUACCUGAUAUUUUAACAGCUACCACUACCAUGGCUAUCACUAUUUAUUAUUCAAAUAGCCUACUAUCAUAUGGUAGCUAUGAUAGUGCCAGUCAUGAUAGUGCCAGCCAUGGUAGUGCCAGCCAUGGUAGUGCCAGAAUGAUGACUAGAAUAGCUACUUAUACUUCUAAAUAUAGAAAUCCCAACGGGAUAUCCCAUACAUAUACCAUUCCAUGGUAUGAUACCACAGAUAUACCAUACCGUGGUAUAUCCCGCCAAGAUCCCGAACCCAUACCAGAAAAAUGGAAUGGUAUCCGACCCUAUCCAUAUCAUACCCGGAUACGGUAUGGUAUCACUUAG